UGCAGGCGGCACAUGGGCCACUCUAGUCGCACGCACUACCGCUCCAAAGCGCAAACCUUUUUUCCCCUCGCCGAUGUGAUUCCUCGCCGGUCGCCGCCUCCCCAUCCCCAUCGCCGAUCCCGUCGCCCCGCCCCGCCCGGAAAUGUCUCGCUACCACCACCACCACGACCCGCCCCCGCCGCCCUGCUGCUCCUGCGCUUGCGUCUGCGCCUGCUCCGCGCCGGCGCCGUGCGGCGGCGGCGGCGGUGGCUACUACCCAGUGCCGGCCCAGCCGGCCCCCGCCUCCGACCAGCUCCUCCACGCCAUCGCCGCCCACCUGCUCCUCAACUCCGCGCCGCCGCCGCCGCCUCCUCCUCCGCAGUCCCAGGCUCAACCCCAGCCCCAGCAGCCGCCGCCUCACGCCGCGCACCAGGCGAAUCUUCACUCCUCCUACGCGUACCAGUACAACCACCAGCAGCAGCAGGGACCCCAACCCCACUCCCACCCCCAGCCGCCCGCGCCGCCGCCGCAGCAGCAGCAGGGACCGUACCCCCAGCCACCCGCGCCGCCGCAGCAGCAUCAGCCGUACCCGUCCGACCACGGCCAGCUCCUGCUCCACUCGCUCCUGCGCCGCGUGGCGGCGCUCGAGACCACCCUCCCUCACUCCUACUUCCCCGCCCCUCCCCCGAUUCCCCAACCCCACCCGAACCCCCACCGCCGGCACCACCGCGCCGCCGCGCACCAGGAGGAGGAAUCUGACGACCCGCCCUCGCCCCCGCCGCGUCGCGCGCGCGAGCGCGGGGGCCGCCGCCCGCCGCCGCCGUCCGAGAGGGAGCUGGCGGCGCGCACGAUCCAGGAGCACUUCCGCCGCUUCCUCGCGCGCCGCUCCCGCACGCUCCGCCAGCUCAAGGACCUCGCCAUCCUCCGCUCCAAGGCCGCCUCGCUCCGGAGCUCCCUCUCCGGCUCUGGCCCACGCCGGUGCAAGGACCCGGUAGCAGUCUCCGAGGCCGCCAUGGGCCUCCUCCUCCACCUCGACGGGAUCCAGGGAGGGGACCCGAUGAUCCGGGAGGGCAAGCGCGCGGUCAGCCGCGAGCUCAGCCGGAUACUGGAAUUCGUGGACAAGGUGCUUGUCAAAGACCACGAGGAGAUGGCAUUGGACAAUGGCGAGUAUCCUGAAGGUUGCCAUGGUGCACCCAUCGUGAAUCGCCCAUCUGCAAACAAGAAGGUAAGCUUCCACUGUAGUGAGGCUGCUCAGAAUGAGGAAGAUGAGAGCUCCGAGAGCUCGAGUUCUGCCGAGGCUGAUGAGAGGAAAGGCACAAAUGGCAAGAACGUUGCCAAUGGCAAGCCUGGCCUUGCGGCGCCAGCGCCCGUGCACAUGGAGUCAAGGAGGACAGCCGGCGAAAUGAGAUAACCUGUCUUGCAUCUUGUAAUGCGGCCUCCUAUUUAGAAUCAUGUGGAUUGUCUUGUUAUUACAUUACCACGGUUUUUAUUGCACUGGUGUUUCUCGAGACAAUAUUGCAACCUUUCUAGUUGGUAGAGUUUGAGCUGCGAGUAUGAUCUUUAGACUGUUGUAUGCCCCAGUUACCCCUUUGGUACAUUUGUUACUGCAUUAGUGCAUUGUACUACUGAUAGUUUUGAACACUAAACAUGCCAUGGUUCUCGUGGGGACUUGGGCAAGCAUGUGUGUAGUUAUGCUCAUUUUGAUCAAUGAAUUGUAAUGCCGCUACACAACUGUACUGAGUUCUGAUGUGUCAUUAAUAGUUGAAGAACAUUGUUUCUUGUAA